AUGGAACAUUCCUCCCCGUUAGCCGCCAUGCAGCCUCCGUCUGUAAUGCUUGGACAUUGUUUUCGCUCGGAUGCUGCAUCGUCUUACCAUGGAUUUAGUCCUUUACCCGGACUAGGCCCGGGCGGAUUCAACUUCAAGGACCUGUCCAUGAAAAGAUCUAACGGAGACUACUUCGGUACAAAGCUGGUUCGGGGCUCAUCUCCAACAGCGAGCCUUGCUGCGGAUCUAUCUCAGAAUUUUCACAUCGAUCAAAGCCCCCAGGUUGCUACGCCCCGACGGUCUUUGUUCUCCGCGUGCCUGCUUGGGAAUGGGAAGAGAGGUGGUAUCGAAGAUGCUAUGACCACUCCUCCUCUUCCGUCCUCGUCACCUGCCCCCGCGAUGGAUAUCAUGGACAUGUCUCCACUACCUCAUAAGCCUCCAUUCGCUAGUACAACCGAGAUCGAGCUGAACUCGCCGACACUUGACCUCUCCCCAAUGGACACGGUUAUGAUGUCGAAUGACGGCCUUGUUCCUGAGUCGCCCACGGUUCCACCGAAGGAUGGUAAACAAGAGAGAAGACGUCCAACCUUUUUACGGCCUAGCCUUACUCGGAGCAAAGCUCAGUCCUUUCAGGUCGGCAUGGCGAAACCCGCCCCGGAAAGCCAAGGACCUCCCUUCAAGUUCCAGACCAACGGGACCAACAAGACUUCAUUGGGCGUAGCGGCGUCGCUGGAGGACAUGUUUGGCGAAUCGCCUCAGCGUGAACGACCCAUGAUGCGGAUUAAUUCAACCAGCGGCCUUAACUCGCGUCUGAGACCGACAUUAGGAAGCGGUAGUCAUGUCCGCGGCAAUGGAUCACCAUCGGCGGCUUCAAUUCGAAAGAGUUCUCACCCGAACAUGCGGCCCCGCAAGCAAUGCAGACGAUCAUUGAGUAUGUACGAACAUCCCGAGGAUGUAAUUGCCGACAGCGAGGUUUCUUAUACAUCAAAUGCACCACUCCAGUCCAUCAGUGACUUCGAAGAAACACAAGCUCUGCAGCUGCCUCACUUUAUACCUGAGGAGCAAGCAGACAAUCUACCUCGCAUCGACAAGGCCACCCUCGUGGAAAUCAAGGGCGGGAAAUACAAUGAACUGUUCGACAAUAUCAUGAUCAUCGAUUGCCGAUUCGAAUAUGAGUACGAAGGCGGGCACAUUGUCGGGGCUAUCAAUUACAACGACAAGGAGAACCUGGCAGCCGAGCUUUUUGCGGAUCCCAGACCACGGACAGCGAUCGUCUUCCACUGCGAGUACUCAGUACACAGAGCACCUCUUAUGGCCAAAUUUAUUCGGCAUCGGGAUCGUGCUUACAACGUGGAUUCGUACCCGCAACUCUCUUAUCCAGAUAUGUACAUCCUUGAAGGAGGUUACAGCGGCUUCUUUGCCGAGCAUCGAUCACUGUGCUUUCCUCAAAACUACGUUGAAAUGUCUGCCAAGGAGCAUGAGUUUGCCUGUGAGCGCGGCCUUGGGAAGGUCAAGCAACGGUCCAAGUUGAGUCGGGCUCAAACAUUUGCCUUCGGUCAACAGUCGCCGGAUAUGGAAGACAGCCCUACAGGAAGGUGUAGGAACGGGCCCGGUGAUCGCAAACUCCUCGCGUCCCCAUUUAAUGACAGCCCCGGCAAUCGCUUUCCUGGCCGCCGCAUGCUUUCCUACUAG